UUCUGCCCUCCCCUGCACUCUCUCUCUUUCAGUGUUUUCUCUUUACACUUUCUUUUUACAGAAAGAGACUGUUUCCCCAAAAAAAUCAGACUUUUGGAGAACUGACCAAAGAAAUUGAGGAUUUAUGAUUUGAGGACUUUAUGAAUGCAGGCUUGAAAAACAACAACUUUUGAGAGAUUGUUUGUUUGUAAACAGUUUUGAGAUAUUGUUUGUUUGCGCUUUUCUGGACAAGACGUUUCACCUCCACUCUUUCUAAACCACAGCAGUUGUCUCCAUUCCUGUUGGACUAUGGUAUAUUCCGGCGCUCUGCCCCUAUCUGGAUUACCUGAUUUCAUUGGAUUAUACUUUGGAUUACUGAGGAACACUGGUGAAGGUAUAUUGGAUGAAGUGUGCUCUUUUCAACUAAAGCUGUCAACCAUAAAGAUACAAUGAUAACAUUUACUAAGCCGUCCAUGACAGACAUCUAGACCACUCCCUCAUUCAACUGUCACAGACAGGGCUGCCAGACACAAACCGUCAGGCUGCACUGAACAGAUCCCACUCGGACUAACACACCACAACCAGGAAUCCCUUCUCAGGACAAUGGCCACGGGAGGGAACGGGCUAGGAUCUGACCAGAGCCUGAAAUCCACCUCCCAGCCACCCAGUGCCUCUGACCGGCGGCAGGUGGACAAGGCCCUGAAGAGGCUGGAGAAGCUGCACCGGUUAUGUACCAACCCCAGGCUGGGCCUGAGGAACAGCCCCCCGUACCUCCCCGAGGUGGUCUCAGAGACAGCCACGCUGCUCACCCAGGUGUGGGAGCCGUACAGGGGGCCUGGGGCAGGGGGGCAGGCCCCCCGGGGGGACGAGGGGGAGUACCUGAUGAUCCAUGCCAGACACCUGCUGGAUAAGACGGACCGGGCCGUGCUGCUGUUUAAAGAGGGGCGCGAUAAGAUGUUCGAGGAGAUGUCCCGCUACAGGAGAAACUUGACCAAGCUGUCCCUGCUCUUCAGUCACAUGCUCUGGGAGCUGAGGGCCAUGUUUCCAGAGGGGCGCUUUCAAGGCGACACCUACAGGCUGACUAAGACAGAGGCCGGAGAGUUCUGGAGGCGAGCAUUUGGAAACAAGUGUAUUGUGCAGUGGAGCAGUUUUAAGCAGCAUCUCCGUAGGGUCCAUGGCUUUGAAGAGGGGAUGGAGUCCAUGGCUUUAAAGUCAACUGUAGACCUCACCUGUAGCGACCACAUCUCAGUGUUCGAGUUUGACAUCUUCACCAGGCUAUUCCAGCCCUGGAGGUCUCUUCUGAGGAACUGGAACCAGUUGGCAGUGACCCACCCCGGCUACAUGGCCUUCCUCACCUACGACCAGGUCAAAACCCGCCUCCAAAACUACCUGCACCGGCCCGGGAGCUACAUCUUCCGUCUGAGCUGCACUCGGAUGGGCCAGUGGGCCAUUGGUCAUGUGACUGGUGAUGGCGGCAUCGUACAGACGAUCCCCCAGAAUACACCUCUCUACCAGGCCCUCAUCCAGGGCUUCAGGGAGGGCUGCUAUCUUUACCCUGAUGGACGUGAUGUGAACCCAGACCUCACCAGUCUGUGUGAACCAGCACAGAGAAGCAGGGUCAAAGUUACAGAGGACGAGUAUGAGAUGUACUGUGAGAUGGGCAGUACCUUCCAGCUGUGUAAGAUCUGUACAGAGAGAGACAAGGACACACGCAUCCAGCCCUGCGGACAUCUGCUGUGCCAACCGUGCCUCACAGGAUGGCAGAAGUCGGAUGGACACACCUGCCCAUACUGUCGCUGUGACAUCAGAGGGACAGAGUCCAUCCUGGUGGAGCCCUACCUGUCUGUCAGCGAGGAGGAGGAAGAGGAAGAUGACCUGGAGGAUAUACAGCUAGUCAUGAAAAAACUGGCCUAUAUGAAGGGGAUGUCGUCUGAAGAGUACCAGUUCCCCAGCUCCCACCUUGCUCCACCCCUCCCUCCCAAACACAGCACCUCCUCCCGCUGCCCUUCCCCACAAGCCCCCUUACGGCCCUCUGUGCCCGAUACACUGGCCAAAUACUCCCACUCUAACUCGCGUUCUGCUCACAGUGACACCCCCUCAGACAGAGCGCUCACACACCACACCACCAGCACUAACAGAUGCCAGUGGGAGGAGCUAGCCAGCAGUGAGGAGGAGAAUUCUGGGGGGUUCAGACAACCGCCCACACUCCCAAUCUCUCACAUUCAGGAGUCUGUCUCAGAGCCAAACCUCCCCUCCUCCUCCCCCCAGUCCUGUGGAGAGGGUGGAGCAGCCUGGGUAGGGGCCUCAGAUUCAGUGAAACCGAAGAAGAGACAUAAAGAAAGGGGUGAAAGGACGGCAGAGCUCGGGUUCAGCCAGAGAGAGCGGGAGAGAACCAUGUCCUCCUGACACUGGGAGAAAAGAUAAGCACAAAAUCUCAAACUGACUGACUCAAGAAUGGAUGGAUAAUAGGAAUAAGAAAGGUCAAUUUGCACUGUUCCUGAAAAACAGCCAUUGUUAAUCUAAUGUAUCUGGAUUAGCUGCAGCACAGUUCCAAUGACAGGUCCCUCAGAACUUUGUCCAGGAUGUAUGGCUAGUACUGUAUAUAGCCUACAUACUAUAGUUUGAUGUUAAUAUGGUCAAACAUGAAACCCAAAUAAAAAUGUUGCACCUCU